GUUCGUUUAGUCGUUUUUACGUGUCUGGACUUCAUAGUAACGCACCAAUAGUAUCAGCAAACAACCCAAAUGGCGGAUUACGAAUCUGACAGUGAUGAAGGUGAAGCCGGACUAGGAAAUGUUACAAGAGUAAUCAUGAGACCGGUCGGUCAUAGUGGCAAAGCCAAAAAAGGUCAUUUGUGUUUUGAUGCUUCGUAUGAAACUGGAAAUUUGGGGAGAAUCGAUUUGGUAUGUGAAUACGAAUACGAUCUAUUCAUACGGCCGGACACCUGCAACCCACGGCAUAGACUGUGGUUCAAUUUCGUCGUAGAAAACACAAGACAAGAUCAAAACGUUAUAUUUAACAUCGUAAAUAUCAGCAAUAAAAACAACCUUUUUAAAAAUGGAAUGACUCCUAUAGUGAGAAGUACGAGCCGAAACACGUGGUAUCGUAUACCGAUCUACAGGGUGCACUACCACCGAUCGUUGUACCAUGACAACAACUACGUUCUCAGCAUAUUGUUUUCAUUUGACAAAGACGACGAUAGCUAUCAAUUUUCGUACUCGUAUCCAUAUUCGUACACUCGACAACAAAACUAUUUAUCGCUGAUUGAAAAAAAGAAGCUACCUUACUUCAAACGCGAACUACUAGGACAAUCGAUCCAAAACAAAAGAUUAGACUUGAUUACGAUAACUAAUCCGAAGAAUAUGAAUCCAACUGAAAAAGUCCAUGUCGUUGUAAUAUUAGGAAGAGUGCAUGGGUGCGAGACGCCCAGUUCCUAUGUCUGUCAAGGAAUUAUUGAAUUUUUGAUUAGCAACCAUCCAGCUGUGGUUCGUCUUCGAAAAAAAGUCGUCUUUCAAUUAAUACCAAUGAUGAAUCCCGAUGGAGUAACUUUAGGAAAUUCUAGGACCAAUUUAUUGGGAAUCGACUUGAACAGAGCUUGGCACAAAAUAUCGCAAUGGGUCCAUCCGAUAUUAUACGCCGUUUACAAUCACUUAAUGGAAAUCGAAAAACAUGAGAACAUGGAACUCGAUUUGGUAAUCGACAUGCACGCUCAUUCGUCUCUUCACGGUGUAUUUACUUACGGGAACGCAUACGACGAUGUGUACAGGUACGAAAAACAUAUAUUGUUUCCGAAAUUGUUAUCCCAACAUAUUGAAGGUUACGAACAAUCGCAUUCUAUUUGUAACAGAGAUUUUAAAAAAUGCGGAACGUCGCGGAGGUUUCUAUGUCAAUCACUGAAAGAAAAAGUCAAUUGUUAUACGCUGUUUGUAUCGCAGUACGGCUUCAGUGUUUCUCCAAAAACCAUAAUUCCGUUCACUGAAGAUUCAUUUUACACCAUCGGCCGGUGCGUAGUACUCGCGUGUUCCGACUACUUCAAAUCGACCGGCGUGCUGACGCCGCAGGACGUAGUUGUCAAAUGCGUCAAAAAACGGGAAAGGAAACGGAAAACUGUGUUGUACCGACAGCGCGAGACCCACCCGUCAUUCAAGAGGAAAAUCAAAAAAAAAUCGCUAGCGUUGAAACGGGUGGACAUCAAAGAUACGUUUCGCAGCGCUCUGGCGGACUGCUCGAGGCGCCCGUCCGACGACCUAAACAGGACGAACGCCAUCAGACGGAACAUGCGCUUUGUGAACCCGUCGAAAAUGGUCGACAAUCGGCGGUCAUCGAACGCAGCAGAACGCGAUAACGCCACUGCUCCCCCACACACGUUUUCAAUCAUAAAUGUCAACGACAUCAUACGAGACACGGACGCGUUGCUCAAGUUCUGAUGUGGCAGCUCGCGACAGUGUCUUACGAGUACCUAUACAUCAUAUUUAAUAUUAUUAUACUAUGUAGUAUACUCACUCUAUAUAGAUACGAAAUCUGCAGUGUCGAAUCCUAUAGGAGAAUGGUCGGAGAGGACUUGUUUCAAACGUCCUCACCGAAUUUCCACUGACAUAAGCGUUUUUCGUUUUUUAAGGACACUUAGAUCGUUUUCUUCGUAAUACCUCUGCAGCCCUGCAGGACAUGACUGAAUUUUGAGUGGAGAGGAUAUUAUACAUCUCGAAGUCUAUUUUUAUAUAUAAAUAUCAUAUAGAUAUAGUUUUGAUUGAGUUUAUUGAGUUAAAAAUUAAAACGUUCCUUUUUUCAAUAUUUCCAACAUUUUCCCGUAAAGUUAUAUAAUCUAUGUAAACAAUUAAAAUUUAUUUAAUAAUAAAGACUUGACUAUGAUAUGAUUUAAAAAUACAAACUUAAUAUUUUUCAAAUCAUUAUCAAACAUUCAAACGUUAAGGUCAUUUUAUAUUUUAAUGUUGGUAUUAGUUUCAUAACACGCCUCAACCAACAGAAAUGUUGGAUCCGCUGCUGACUUUAAUGUAAUACUUAUAAAAUAGAUUUUAUACCUUUUAAUAAUAAUGAUUGUAAUUUAUAAUGAUUUUUUCCUUAGCCGUAAA